ACCAUAACCUGCUUAGGUCUGAUGAACCUAAGCCACACAAUUCCUGGGAGACCCUCUGCACCCUUGUCUACAAGGUCUCCCCAACACUCAGGUUCUCACAGCUCAGAGGCGAUGCGCUUGGGGCAUUUGUUUGAUCUUGAUCUCUCUCUGACACAAGAAUCCAGAUGAUGUGGAACUCACUGAAGACACUAACCAGAAGAUGGAAGACCUAGAAGUGAUUUUGGCUGUCACCCUGACUCUGCUGGGCCUUGUUAUUCUGGCUAUUCUGAUAGCGAGAUGGACACGGCGUAAGCAAAAUGUGGCACAGCUCUCCAGAUACCCUUCAGAACAGAGUGCUGGGCUUCUGGACUAUGAGGAUGGUGUUUCCUGUGCAAGAGCAAAAAAAGGAAGAGGAUCCCGAACUUCGUGUUCAACAGAAAGUGUACCAUCUGCUGUUUGUCAGGAAAGAGCAUCAGCCAUCUUCCUAGGGACACUACCAACCAGCUCCCAGGCUUUAUGCCAAGGACCAGGAAACAAAGCAAAAGGCAGCAAGUCCCGAGAUAAUCUGGCAGGCAACGCAGGACACAUCACUGGAACCAUCGGACCUAUCAUGCAAUUCUCCGCGCCGAUCCCUGGAGCUACAGGACCUAUCAGGCUGUCUCAGAGAACCAUCGUGCAAACUCCUGGCCCUAUUGCACAGUUUACAGAAUCCAGUGAAGAACCUUCACAAGCCUGCCUCCCUGAAGGAUCCAACUGUGCAAUAACUCCAGUCGCCAUCAGUUGUCCACCGUCACCCAAGACACCUGUCUGUGCGACUCCGGUGUCCGUAGUAAUGUCACAGAAAACUUUGUUCAGACAAGAUCCGGUUACUCUCUUGCCUUUUGGUUGUGCGGAUGGACAGAUGAUAAGACCCGACGACGGACUCUUUCUAGAAGGAUGCAGGGACUCACUGAAAAAGAGAAUGAUUGGAGGUCCUAAUGAAUCCUACACGAUGCUGCACAAAAGGGAGAUCAAACGAAGAGUCCGGCCAGGGAUGGGGCUGCAGUGCGAGGGCGGGGUUCCGAUGGAUCAGAUGGGAGCGGCAAGGAGGCGAGACUCCCCAAGAGGACAAGACUCUCAAGUAAGGUUUGACCCAAGCCUUCCACCCGAAACCAUGUGGUGUGAACCACCACGUUACAGAAGGCCUGAAUCCAAGAUGAGGAGGACCAACGACCCCAUGCUGAAGAGACAGGAAUGGCAGGGCGAGUGCCCAAUGACCGAACAUGAAUUCGAGUACCAAUACAUGAAGACUGCUACGCCUCCUGCCUCGUGGCCGCCCCAGAGAAUGGCCUCAAAUGCUCCACCUCCUGCAGCAAGGUCAUCCAAGGCAGCGGCCCCAGGUCCUGAAGCACAACCACCCACAGGAGGGGCCCCGGAAGAAGCACCCGCGGCACCACCACCAGACGGAAAUCCAGGAGGGGAACAGGGUGAUGCACCCAAGAAAGAGAAGAAGAGAAGGAAGAGCCAAGGUGGAGAAGAAGGCGCGCCACCACCGUGAUCCUCGGGCAUAAGCUGUGUCUCAGCCCUCGCCCCAGAGGAUCAUGGUUAUAAAAUCCUCAAGACAUCUUCGUUUUCUGCUAUUUGGUUUUCCAUUAUUAGACUUCCCCGCCACAAACUUCGUCUUCCAAAUUUUGCUUUAUAAGUCAAUAUAUUUAAUCCAGUGAAGAAAGAUGGUGUUUUCUGAAAUAAAACAUCUUUAUUAAAUAUCUAAUAAGUUCCUUUGA